GUUGCUGCGCAAAUAUUCGGUGUAAUUUCACCGCGUGUAAUACUGAGUAAUUCCUCUCAAUGAAAUUACCAUUGACGCUCUGAAUGGAAAGUGAACAAUCGAAAACAAUAUUUCCGCUAUGACCGGCCAGUUUUUGAGGAUUGUUGUAAUACCUUAUCAGUGUUUUUUACCACGGUUUUCGGUGAAUUCAGUCAGGAGAAUCUAAGUAUGACUUUUAUCACGAUUUUCCACUGAGCACUGUUUGCGUGCGACCGAAGCGGCGCCUGUGUCACGUGAUGACGUGAGUUCGUUAGAGCGCAGCAAACCCACGUGCUCGCACUUUGAUGAUUAAAUUCUCAGUGAUUUUUUUAUUUUAAAGAAAAUUGAGUGAUGGUAGAUUAAUCAUUGCGUGCCAAGGACUUUUGGGCAUUGUCGGAAUGAUAUUAAUUGAGAAAAGACGUAGAUUCGUGGACUUGGACAGUCCUAAAUCUUGAUUCAAAACCCCUGGAGUUGAUACGUUAGAUAAUUGAACUUAUAUCACCCCAUCGGCAAACAUGUCGAUCGUAAUGCAGUAUGUGGAUCGAUUCCAUGAGAUUCUGGACAAAAAUGCAGAUUCCCGGACGACCAAUUGGUUUUUAAUGAGUUCUCCCUUUCCCACACUAUUCAUAUGCCUGAGCUACGUGUACCUAGUUAAAGUUCUAGGCCCAAAGCUCAUGGAGAAUCGAAAGCCAUUUCAACUUAAAAAUGUCCUGAUUGCGUACAACCUCUUUCAAGUUAUUUUCUCAGCAUGGCUAUUUUACGAGAUAGGAAUGUCCGGAUGGCUGACUGGGGACUAUUCACUAAGGUGUCAACCCGUAGAGUACAGCGACAAACCCCAAGUACUGAGGAUGGUCUACGCCAGCUGGUGGUACUACUUCUCGAAAUUUACGGAGUUCUUCGAUACGAUAUUCUUUAUACUUAGGAAGAAGAAUGAUCACGUAUCGACCCUUCACGUCAUCCACCACGGAUGUAUGCCAAUGUCCGUUUGGUUUGGUGUAAAGUUCACUCCAGGUGGUCAUUCUACAUUCUUUGGUCUGCUGAACACCUUCGUUCACAUAAUAAUGUACGGGUACUAUCUCCUUGCUGCCCUGGGGCCCCAGAUGCAACCUUAUCUCUGGUGGAAGAAAUAUCUAACGGCCCUGCAGAUGAUUCAGUUCGUAGCAAUAAUGAUCCAUGCAUUCCAACUUCUCUUCAUCGAGUGCAAUUACCCGAAAGCCUUCGUCUGGUGGAUUGGUCUUCACGCUGUUAUGUUUUUCUUCCUAUUCAACGAAUUUUACAAAGAGUCGUAUGCAAACAAGAAAGCAGGAAAGAGUCGAGCAAGAAAUGCCGCAAUGGCCGCUGUAACAGCAGCUACUGGUGCAUGUAUGGCUAAUGGCCUAGCAAAUAGUAAAGAACAAAAUGGCACUGAAAUCAAAAGGCGGGAUGCUGCUGAUUACUACGUUAAGGGUGAAAGCAUUGCUGCCAGCGAAAUGAAUCUUCGUAAACCAUACACUGCAACUGAGUGACCUUAUUUCAUAAUUAUAAUCAUCAUUUUAUCUCAAAUCAUUUGGAAUUUAUAUCUAAGGAUGUCACAAAAUCUAUUCUUCUUUGAACAAAUGUCUCUAACAUUUAAAGGUUAUCUUCAUCAAACAAUUUGCUACAAAUCUGUAGUUUUAUCUUAUGAAGACUGCGAGUUUUAUAUCACAACAAAAUGAAGGAAAAUUAUCAGUCUCGAAUUGAGCACACCAUGAGGGACUUCCCCGUUCUACUUGCCACAUUAUAUAUAUUUACAUAUAUAUAUAUGUGUUUUUUAAUACACAAAACGAUUGGGGAAUGAUUGGUGAUCUUAAUAAUGAUGAUGAAAUAUUGUGAAAAAUGAAUAUUGUACAUAGGUAGUGAUAGUUUUUUACUGUUUUCAGUGAAAAUGAGAUAGUAUAGGCUCAACGAUGCUCAAUAAUGGCAUUGUAUAACAUAGACGAGUCCUCGUAAUGCCUUUAACAAGUGUUAAUUUAUGAAAAGAUGUUUCUAGGAGUUAUUCACAAACUUUUCGUUGAAAAUAAAUUUAAAUCAAAUAGAGCUGGUUGAUUGGAGAGGCCGAUAUACAUAUAUUAAUUUUAUGAGCGGCACUUGUACAUAUGUUUAAAUUUAGCGGCAAACAUCUACCAAACAUGGGAUUACAAGGGGAUUUUUUUAAAUCUUGAUUUUGACUUUUUUCUUGUGAAUGAUCAUGAGGGACUGGCAUUUUCAUUAUCUCAUUUAAAUGUACUUUUGAAAAAAAAAUCCCGACAAUGUCUAUAUUGUUUCUAGGACAUUUUGGAUAAUUAGAAUAUGUAGGAUAUUUUGGGUCAAGUCAUAUGUAAUUAGGCGAUGAAUAAAAUGAUUUUUUUUUAAGGAAAUCUUUCGUGUUUUUUAUCAUUGAUAGUUGAACAAUUUUUAUAAAUAAAUUUGUAGCGAUUAUUGAUUACACUUCAAUGAGAAUCGAGAAUGAUGAGUCAAUAAAGUUUAUUAUAAAUUA